AUGUCAUCCUCGCAACCACAACAUACUGCCUUGGAUCGCAAAGAUUACCUCAACUGCACUACACGAACUUAUACUACGAACCACAACACACAACAUCAGUCAACGCAAGCCGGCAGUACCUUGCUGGGCGCAGAUAGUCCAACUGUUCACGGUAGUAGUAGAGCCUCACUGGGGUCAAUCAUACGGGGCACCAAAGGACAUUUAUCCAGUAUACUUGGUAGUGUCACGCAGACGCCUGCGAAGUGUCAAUCGAUUUCACGAGUGAUUCUACUUGAAGGGUCCAUCGGUGGUAGUGGGUUUGUUGGUGAUAUGAUAUGA